AGCUGUCAGCUCUUGGCUUCCGAAAGGCAGCAGCAUAUUACGCCACUCCAAUGGGGCGAUCACCAUGCUGUGACAAGGUCGGCCUAAAGAAAGGUCCAUGGACGCCGGAGGAGGACGAGAAGCUUCUUGCCCACAUCGAGGAGCAUGGACACGGGAGCUGGCGUGCAUUGCCCUCCAAGGCCGGUUUGCAGAGGUGCGGCAAGAGCUGCAGACUGAGAUGGACCAACUACCUGCGGCCGGACAUCAAGAGGGGCAAGUUCAGCCUGCAGGAAGAACAGACCAUCAUCCAGCUUCAUGCUCUUCUUGGCAACAGGUGGUCUGCCAUCGCGACACACCUGUCGAGGCGCACUGACAACGAGAUCAAGAACUACUGGAACACCCACCUCAAGAAGAGGCUGGCCAAGAUGGGGAUCGACCCCGUCACCCACAAGGCCGCCAGCGGAGCUCCCGUAGGCACCGCAGACGACGUCAGAUCAGCCAAGGCCGCCGCCAGCCUCAGCCACAUGGCCCAAUGGGAGAGCGCCCGGCUUGAGGCCGAGGGGCGCCUGGCUCGAGAAUCCACGAUGCGCACAGCAGCCUCUACACCAACUUCAAUCACUCUGCACCCAAUAAACCUGCCAGAGCCUACCACCUCCCCGUGCCUCGGCAUGUUGCAGCCAUGGCAGGGCGCGAAGCUAGACCUGGAGUCACCCACCUCCACGCUGACGUUCAUCGGUAAUAAUAACAGUGUCAGCCUUGGGAUAUCUGAGGGCGACCCCACGACGUGUAAGUUGAGAAGCGAUGAUCCGGAGCGCGAAGAGGACAGCGUGCGCAAGUUCCUCCGCCAGCAGCAGAUGCAAGGGCUGGAAGGCGCGGAGAGGGGAGACGAGCACAUCAUCGGCUGCGAGGAGCCGUGGUUCCAAGGGACCGCUGGCGUCGGAGCUGGCUUCACAGACAUGCUGCACGAUGCAUUGGAUUGCUGGGGUGAGUCCAGCAAUGGCCAAGCCGAGCUCAGCGGGCAGGUCUCUGGAGACGGAGAGAGCAGCAGCAGCUACUGGAGCGGCAUCCUCGGCAUGGUGGUCACCUCGGAGCUGCCACCAUCCCACCCCCACCCACCAGCAUUUCUCUAGGACGACGGCCGUCUCUACAUUCUUCUUCUUUUCGGCCAGGGCUUCCGCCGAAAUCGACCGAAUCCUCCGAAAUCGGAAGAAAAUAGCAAGAGGAAGAGCACGACACUGCGAUUCUACCACAACUGCUUCAUCGACAGGUCGCUGUUUUUCGCUCAUCUUCAUGUGUAAUUAGCUGCUACUACUGUAUUGUGACCCUGAGGAUGCAGUAAAUAAACGCAUAUUGCUUUCUACUCCA